AUGGCGAGCAUGCGAGUCGUGGCGAACGUGAACGGGCAAAAGUUUCGAGUUCCAUGUAACAAGGACGAUCAGAUCAUGCUGCCUCAGAAUCCUACCAAGGCGGCAGCCCCCCUGCCAGACAAGGACGUCGGCAAUAGGCACCAGGAGACUGCGCCGUCGCCUGCAAGUCCGAGCAUGAGAGGGUCCAACGACAACUCCAUGCGGAACCCAACCAACCCGCUUGACCCUCGAUCGGAGCCCUUGGACUCCUGGGCCAGGAGGGAUGCGAUGAGAGUCACGAGCGUGGAUGGACAUGCCGAUGGAGUCACCCACAUCAACUUUCAGGGCGAUACGUUGAUCACAGCCCAGGCGGGCGAGAUCGACUCAUUAGGAUAUGGAACGUGGAAUCUAAGAAUGAGCCUCCUCUGCCUGUACUUGUUGCCCCCCCCCCGCACCAGCAUAAGCUUGGAGAUAUUUGAUUGUCGCCGCGUCCUCCACGGACACACGAGCAAUCUGCGCUGUGCAGAAAUGCAGAGGGGCAUCCUGACUUCAGGGGGAGAAGCAACAGGCCGCAUCUGGAACUUUGAGACGGGCAAGCCGACAGGAACGUUUGAUGGCCACGACCACUACAUCUCAGCCAUGAGCCUUGAUGACGAGCUUCGGCUCGUGACUGCUAGCUGGGACAGAACCCUCAAGGUUUGGCACGUCAAAGAGGGAGGCACAGGGGCAGACUGCAGCGCGACGCUACGAGGACACUCCUCCUCCGUCCUCUCGCUUCAGAGGAACGGCGAUCGGGCUGUGAGCGGGAGCCUUUCAGGGGAGUUACUCGUGUGGAACCUCCUGACCGGUCAGAACACCUUCAAGACUGCUCCAUCGGAAGGACACGCAAUUGCAGGUUCUCGUCUCGUCUUUGCUUCUUUGCUCGCAAUUCUGUUUGUGCUUGUAUCUGUGGCCUUCAACACCAUCUCUGAUCGUCUGGACCAGAUUGUAGAUCUCAACGCUGGGAAGAAGGUACAGACCCUCAUAGGGCACGAUGACGUCAUCACAUGCAUCAUAACGUCGUUGCCCUGGAUCAUCACAGGAAGUCGAGAUUCUACUGUCAAGGUGUGGUCCUCGCGAUCAUGGACGUGCGUGCGGACUAUCUCUGCUCCUGGGGUCCGAUGUCUGGGGCUGUCGCAUCGGCUGCUGGCUGUUGGAAUGGACACCGGAGAGCUACAAGUCUGGCAGCACGAGUAG